AUGGAGAAAGUUGGCUUGCAACCAGAAGAUGCGAAAUUUGUUGACUACUUAGAAGAGAAUGAUUACAGUGCAGAAGAUGUUUCAAAUAAUGUUAAUAUUGAAAUAUUAAAAGAAAAUUAUCAAAAAUCUUUAUCAAGCCAAGUCAACCAGAAUAAUUUUGGAUUUACUUUUGAAAAUUCUAACACGUUGUCUGCAGAAGCACUUGUUGAUCUUGAAUUACAUUCAGCAACUUGGCAACCCACUUUUGAAAAAAUAAAAGACUUUGAUAUUGCCAACUUUCCCAAUUUUACUCCCAAGCAAAAAGAUUUACUGCUAGAAUUGAGUAGAGAAUUUAAUGAAAAUUUAUGGAAAGAUUUAGGUUUUACAAGCAAACAAUACCAAGAAUGGCUAGAUGUUGGCGUUCAAGACCAUGCUUUUGCUUCUUGA